AUGGCGGGAACGCCGCGUCAAACUCCAGUCAAGCCUGGUCAAGCCGGAUCAAGUGCGCAGUCUGUUUUUCGGGAAAUUGUUGUUGUAUUUAAUGUUCCAAUAACAAUGGAUUUCUCAGCUACGCAGAUCUACGAUGACGAAGAUUUUCCAUCCACUCAGAGAAUUUCAUGGGCUCCCGAAGAAGAGCAAUCAGUGCAGGUUGGAACAUUAAGCAUUGAUUCUAUUGAUCAUCAAAUCAAGAAAGGACUUAUAAGGAUUGGUAGGCUUAGUAGCUGUGACAUUGUCAUAAGCGACCAGUCUGUGUCGAAGGUACACGCAGAGAUCGAAGCUGCUGGAGGAUCAACAUGGAUUUGCGAUCUGGAUUCGUCCAAUAAGACGAAGCUUAAUAAUUUAAUUUUACGUCCGAAACGAUCAUACGAGCUCAAGGAUGGGAGCGUCAUUGAGUUCGGAAAAGUGCGUGCGAUUUAUCACACAUAUCAAGCGGAAGACACGAUGAUACCCGAAACACCUGCACCAUCGCGAAAAAAAGCGCCAGACACUAUUAUUCCGAACACACCGGAUUCGUCUAUCAACACGUCAUCCGGCACCGACGGAUCCAUUAUUUUCGGGACUCAAAGAGACGAGGAAAACAGCGUCUUUCGAAAACCGUUGUUGCCCCAACAUCAAUCCACGAAUAUCGGUAAAAAGAAUUUAUCUUGCGGCUCGUCUCUUAGCGAUAAUGAGAGCGACAAUGUGUCAAGUCUCGCGUUGCUCGUAUCAGAAUCUGAUACGAGCGAAAAUCGAGAUAAUAGCAUUUUUAAUGUAGAAACGCAAAGCUUCGAAGAAAUACGCAAGAAAUCGGCAUCCAUUCACGAUGUAGAGACGCAAAGAUUUUCCACAGACGAUUUUCUCAAGUCAAAUGUUGAUGCUAGCAAGAAAUCGGUAAGACCAACUGUUGAAGAUAAAAUAGAUGAAGGUCGUGCUACCGAUAUUUGCGACUUAGAAACGCAAAAGUAUUACGCAAAUAAUAUCAGCGAACUGGAAACUCAGAUAGACGGAACUAAUGUUCAAACUGCAAAGAAUUUUAUCACUAAUAUUCACUCGGAAACGCAAGUCGUUAAAAAAGAUAACAAUUUGACUAGUAAGAAUAAAAAUUGCGAUAAAAGUCCACAACAGGUCGAGCGCGAUAUUUCUGACUUGGAUACGCAAAACUUUAGCAAUAACGCAAACGAUAUAUCCGACAUGGAAACUCAAGUUGCGUGGACUAGCAGUAAAAAUUUGAACCGCGAUAUAUCUAACAUGGAGACUCAACUUGAAUCGGAUGGCACUACGAAAGAGACCAGCAGUGAUCGAGCUAAUGAAGACAAAGAUAAAGACAACACAGAAGACGCUGUUAAUAGCGCGAGUAAUCGCGAUAAAGUCACGGGAUCCGCGUCGAAAUCCAGAUCCUGUAGCCCGGCAUCUUUGAACUUGUCCUCGCCAGGAAUUGAUGAGGAUCGUCUUUCCUCGCGUUUAAAUCAGAGCGGCGAUUUGCUCGAGUCGACAGAACUGUUGGAGUUCUUCAACGAGGGCAUCGAGAAUCAAGUAGAAGCGCAAACGUCCACACCGAAACCGAAAACGUCGUCGGAAAGAAAUAAUAACGUCGAGAGUGCGUUAAACGCGUCCGACAACGAAGAUCACAGCGACGAUGAUAACAUUUUUGAGGCUCCCACUCAACUCAUCAAGACCGCAGCUUUAUCCGGCAACAAUUUGAAGAACGAUGAGAUAGAUGAUUCGGAGAAGAAAUGUGAAAAACCUCAAUCAAAGCAAACCGCUGACGACUCAGACGAAACAGACGCGGAGGAGGAACUUGAAGAGCUCUCGAGAAAUAGUAAAAACGAUCCGAGCACUAGCGUCGAGUCUGUAGAUGUGUACGAUUUGCUCACGCAAAAAGUAAACGAUAGGAUUAAGAACUCGGAAAUUUUAUCAUCCGAAGUUUCCCACGAACUUGCGAAUCUCAAAGAUACGUCGUCGAAAAAUAAUCAAAACGUCGUAGACGAUGCAACAUCCAUGCAAAUUAUCAAUCCGAACGUCGGUCAAAUCGACGAUCGUCGUACACCGGGAGAUCUUGAUCGCGAAAAUGAAGAGUACGAAAUGGCGCUCACUCAAGAGAUCGGCGAGAUUGAAGAGCAAACAAAUCCCGAGCGCGAAAAAACCGAUAAGUCCGCCGAAGUAAAUCUAAACGACACUCUUGAACGAAAUCUCAACGAAAUGUUCGAUAAUGUAAUCAACGACGACAUAAACGAGCCGCAGAUGAUGUCCACUCAAAUUUUGGAAGAUAUUUUGGAAUCGUCGUGCGAUAACGAUUUGUCCGCCGAUAAAUCCAAAGUCGGUAACGAAGCUCCUAUAGAAAACGCGUCACAGAUUGGAACGAAAAACAGUCGAGAAUUACGCGAUCGAUCUUCGCGCAACUUACCCAGUAUCGAAGCGAAGACUGACAAUGUGAAUAACGAACACAACGAUUCGCAAGAUAUUUAUUUUUCUAAUAUUACCACAAGACGGAAGAGAAAUAUUAUAAGAGAUACACAAGAGUUUGAAGCUCCUGCGGAAGGCAUAACUUCCUCGCAGGUGUCGAAAGCAAACGAUGAUAAGAAAUUCGAGAAUUCGAAAUCUAAGAAGGAAAAACAAGGUUCGCAGAAAAAUAAGAACGAUGCGACAGUCAAACCUUCAAACGACGAUGAUGCAAGUAAAAGCAAGGAUGGCGGGAGAAAUCUUCGAAAAUUAAGCUUGACGCGAAAAAGAGGCGAAGUCGCGUCGGAAGAGAACAAAAAAGCGUUGGAAAAGAGUUCUGGCAAAGCCGAAGUCGAUAACGCAGAGAAGAGCUCGCCGAGCGAAUUCAUCGUUCGUCCAUCUUGCCCAUCGGAGGAUGGACGACGUGUGCGAACGUUGAAUGAAUUGAAUGAGAGUGACGACGACAUUCUAACUCGUUUACCGGCCGUUAGUAUAUCGGGGACACUCUCAAAUCCACCGAGUCCUUCCGCGUCAUCGACGUCGACUGUGCGCAGUUUGCAAACCAUCAAACAAGCCGCCGCAAAGAGCAGAAAACGCAAUGCGAAUAAAGGCGUAACGACAAAAAUGAGCCAACGUGCUCAAGAUUCUGAGAAAGACGAGAAAAACCGAGCGAAGAAUAAAUCGCCAGUUCUGCUCAACGACGAUCAUCCGUCAAGUUCGUCAGAUAGCGAAUCGAGUUACAAGCGAUUUAAGCAAAUGGCGGACAGAAUGUUCAAUACUCUGAAACGUAAACAAAACGUACGAGCCAAAAAGACCGAGAAAAAAGAUACGUGUUCUUCGCCCAGUGCGUCGAAAACUCUGGAACAAAAGACCGAAAGUGAAUCAGGAAGUCCCUCUCUGAAUAGUUCAAGAGCUACGCGACGCACCAGCAAACGUAAUGAUCAGAACUCGUGUGGUUCGCAAGAAGAUGUUGAGAGCGCGGUCAAUAAACCUGCGAAAUCAAAGUCCGUUGCUGCCAACAGAAAGAGAAUUCUGAAUGAAAAAGAAGAAAGCCCAGAACAGAGUGAAUCAAAAAAACAUAAAGCGGAAAACAGUCCGGUUCUUACGCGUCGAACGAGUAAAACAAUCGUCGACGAACAAUCUUCAAAUAUUGUCACUAAGACCAACUCGCACGAACGUACCUCGGUAAUCGCGAGUAAUAAAUCUUCCAGAACCAUUAAAGGAGCGUCUAAAGUGUUGGAAAAUAGCGAAAAGCCUGUUUCGAAUUCAAAAUUGAACGAAAGCGUCGAUUCCGGAAAAUCUAACGUUAGACAAACCAGAAGCAAAUUUCCAAGUAUUGUUAUUAAAACUAAUGCCAAACUUGAAAAUCUUUCAGCGAUCGAGAAUACAAAUCCUUCUAAACCCAAUAAGACGCGUAAAGCUUCAUCGAGAAACAAUCAAAAUGUCUCUUCGAGUUCAGAAAUAAAUGAAAAUGUCGAUUCCAAAAAAGCUAACGUUAAACAGAGCAAACGUAAUGCUAAAGGCAGUCGUGUCGCGAUACAUGAUGUAACUGAGAAUGAAGAAAAUAACACGAGCAAGCAAGUCCAGGCGAAAGAAGAGGAAGCGAUGGCUAAACAGCAGGAUAAAAUUCUUAAAAUUAAGCUUACCCCCAUAAGACCUACCCUCUUAGGACGCGAAUCGCAAGAAGUGGAAGUAAUCAUGAAUAGAGAUCAGGGUAACGUGCAAGACGAGCAUUUGUUGAUUAGAGAACAAAGUAACGCGAAAAUAUUUUCAAAAGCUUUAAGAACCAGAAACAGUAAACGGUCUAACACAGACAGCGAAGUAACUUCAAUUUCCGAGAGUAGCGGCGUGUCAUCCGAUAUCGACUCUGACAAAGUACAAUUCGAUACCUCUGCGCCAAAAGCAAAACGCGGAAGAAUGACUAGAAGUUCGGUCUCUUCGCAGUCGACAGUACAAAUUCCGGUGAAAGACGAAACAUUCAAGAGGCCUACUCGUGUCAAUAAAAAGUCCACAAAUUUGGUUCUUGAUUCGUCCUCGGAAAGCUCGAUCGUCGGAGACUACCAGGACGGUUCCGAAAGUGACUCUUCGUCGAGUUCUAGACUUUCGAGAUCAAGGGCAGUGGGCGCUAAGAGAAAAGUCGAGGUAAAACAAAAUACGCCCAAGGCGGCUAACGUACGUACGUCUUCAAGAAUGAACGCAAGCGUGGAAGUUCCGUCUGUUCCUUCAACGCCGUCUAGAAUGCGAAGAAGUGCGUCCGUUCUCAGUAAUUCCUCGCCAAUCUCAGCAAAGCACAGAAUUUUAUUCACGGGCAUAGCGGAAGAUUACAGCAAGCUCGUUAAAACAUUGGGUGGAACUAAAGUGGAAGAACCGGCGAAGUGCACCGUUUUGGUCACCGACAAAGUUCGCAGGACGUACAAGUUCUUGUGCGCGCUGGCGAUGGGCAUACCGAUAGUGGCGAUCGAUUGGUUGAGAGAUAGCGAACCGGCUGCGCGAUUUUUAGAUUGGGAGAAUUACAUAUUGAAGGAUCCCGCCGCCGAAGCCAAGUUCAGCUUCAGAUUGAGGAAGAGUCUCGAUAAAGCCAAAGAGAAGAAGUUACUCGACGGCUACACUGUCGUGGUAACACCGAACGUCGCGCCACCUCCUAUAGAAGAAUUGAAAAAUAUGGUGGCGUCCUGCGGUGGAAAAGUUCUGUCGCGUCCGCCGACUAAAUGGCCUGAAAAAGCGGUGGUGAUUUCGCGCGAAGAAGACUUGACAAAUGCGAGAAAAUUUAUCGCGAAAGCACCGAAAACUAUAACUGUACAAUCCACUGAAUUUAUUCUGACCGGUAUUUUAAGGCAGGAAGUGGAUUUUGAUAAGUAUAAGUUACUCUGAGAUCUUUCAAUGAGAAUGCUUCUCAGUAAUUCUCCUUCAGGUAAAUGGUAAUUUAUUAUUAACAGCGUUAAUAUUUUGAGAAAUCACUUGUAUUUUUGGCCAUUUUUUUUGUCCGUAUUAGCAAAGUACAAAGACUAGAUUUAUAUUAACGUAUUUGAUAUUAUAGCAAUAUUUAUUAUAAGUGUAUUAAAUAACAAUUUGUUGCAAUGUAAGUUUAAAUCUUUUUUACACUUACUAAAUCUUUUAACAUAACAAAAGUUGUUUAAUUCAUUAACUACAUCUCGAUUAAGUGUAAUUUUAAUGAUAUUAAUUUGUGAUAUUGCAAGUUUUAUCCACGUUGCACGCGAAAAGGAUGAAAGCAGUCAAAAUAUUUCGAAGUUUAAACAAAAUAUUUUUAAACAAAAUAUUGUUUAUAUUACAAUAUUAUCUGAAAAUGACAUUCUAUAUAUAUUACUGUCGUUUUACAUUAAUAGCAAGCAUUUAUGCAAAGCAUAAGUUGCAAGUUUCGCAAAAUUGACAAUCGAUUUGCUCUCUGAUUUGACCAAUACGAUCAAUCAAUUCCACGAGACCUGCGACUUGCGUUUGCUCCUUUAAAUACGACCAGUUCUUUCCGAAUUUUCUUACAUUUAUAAUAAAAUAUUGAAAUACUUUAUUAUGUACAGAUAUAAGAAAAUUCGAAAAACACAAUUAUCAUUGCUUGAUUUAAUAUAUAUAAAAUUGCCAAUAUAGGAUUUAAUUCUGUACAUUUUUAAUAUAGUUUUAACAUAGUUUUAAGGCUAUAUUUCCUAUUUUACUCUCCCGGUGUGUUGCCAUAACUUUUAUAAUUUGCAUGCAAAGGUGUUUUAAUCGAUAUCAUUAUAUGUAAAAUACGUACACGAGAGUAAAAUAAUGUCAAAUAUUGUAAUAAUGUUCUAUCUCUCGAUGUUAUGUAUUUUUUAUUAUUUUUAUUUGUGUAUGCUUUAAUAAAAAAUUAAAAACGCGUAAUAUAAUAAAAACAACUUGGUCGUCAUAAAUGAUGAAGCAUAACGGAUGUGAAAUGAAUGAAAAUAACCCGUUACACAAAAGUAUAAUAACUUUUGCAAUAUUUCAUUGACUUACUAUUGAUGGCAGAUAUUUAUCAAUUUGAAUAAAUUCUUUUCUUUUUUUUUUUUUAAUAAAAAUAACUAAAAAAUUUUCGCGAUCAUUCAUCUACAUUGUUGCAUCUUUUUUUCUGAUUGUUGAAUGAUCGAACAACCGUUGCGUCAAAUGAGUUACCUUAAAAAUGUCACACACAAAAAUAAAUUAUUUCCUUAAAUCAUUUUACAAUAAACAAAAAACAUCUGCAAGAGAAGUUUGGGGAUUUAUCGAUUGAAACGUUACUUGUGCAUAAACAAUCUUCAGUAUAUUUGUCUACAUCUUGUGAAAUACAGAUAAUAAACAAAAGCACAUUUUUUUUUUCUUUCGUUAACUAGAAAUCUUUAUUUCACAGUUCUGCGUGUUUUCAACAUCAUCAUAUAAUGAUUCGGAAAUGUUUAUAUAAUAAUAUUGUAUUUGUUAUCCUCUUUCAUAUUUAAAAAGCUUGAGAAGUGUAUCUUGCAAUUCUGUUGAUACUUCAUGACGUUAUUACAAAGGUAAGAGACGUAUAUGUGUUCUUGAUUGAAUAGUAUCUAAAUCUCAAGCUGAAUUGAAUCGGAUCAACAGUUUUCUCUUCACACGUGUAUUUUUCACAUUAUGAUGAUGUAUCGCGAGACAAUUGUUAUUCUUUACGCGAAUAAACGACAGCCAAGAUUUGCCCUUAACGUUCACUCAAUCGUUCAAUUCUUUUUCAAAUUUUCUUUCCAAGUUAAAGAUUGUAAGACAUUCCAAGAGCGAGACGUAACAGAUAGCCAGGAAAUAAAGUAUCAAAACUAACUGCUACUGCCUCGCACAAGAAGUUUUACUCGCUAAAGGAAGAAAAUCAAAAAUCGCAUCUGGACCUUCAAAUUGUUUAGACGGAGAAAAGUCAACAGCCCGUCUUCGCAAACAAAUCGCAAAAUUAGGCCCGAAAAGACGUCCAAGUGGCCGAAGUUUUUUUGCGCAGAAUCGUAGCGUGGUGAGUAUGUUCGAUUAUUCUUUAUUUCAGUAACAAUCGCUCGUAUACAACGUACAUAUGUGCGCAAAAACACACGCGCGAAAAGAAGUUCCGCAUAUAACGAUUUUACGUAUAGACUACAAAGUUCUAUAAUAAUCGUACGCCAAGUAGAAAAAAAACCUUAAUAAAAAUCAUAGCUUAAGUCAGGUAAACUAAAGAAUACCUCACGCAAAAAAUCAAAAUAAUUAUCACGCAAGAAUCAAAGUAAUCGUAUCGAUAUAUAUCAUUCUUAAUAAACAAAAA